AGCACGAGAUCGGUAACCUCCCACAAGAGUCAUGUCCGACUUUACAGGUAUUCUUUAUGAAGAAGUAGAGCUUGCAGAAUCAGCUGGAAAAUGCUUUUCGUCGGAACCAGAUGGAACAUGGAAAAGGCAUAUGUACAUGGCAGCCACCUCAGGGGAUUGGGUUGAGGCUUCAAAGUAUGAUAAAACUCAUCCAAACUGGGUAUGUACUCCUUUGAGUGGUGGUGGAGACACAGCCCUUCACGUUGCAGUGAGCAUGGAACAAUUCACUUUUGUAUCAAAGUUGCUGGAACGUAUGAGCUUGCUUGAUUUGGAAAUUCGCAACGCAUAUGGGAAUACAGCCUUUUGUAUGGCUGCUAUUUCAGGAAACGUGAAAAUUGCUACAAUUCUAUUUAACAAGAACCCAACGUUGGUAUGGAUUAGAGGCCAUAAAGACAUGUUACCAAUUCAAUUGGCAUCUUCUGCUGGACACUCUCAUAUGGUGCAAUUUUUAUUUGAAAAGCCUCCCCAAGACAUGCACUUUAAUCUACCCUUCCAAGACAUAGUAAUGCUCUUUUUCUUUACCAUUACCAACAACAUUUACAGUGUGGCAUUGAAUUUGUUGGAUCGAUAUCCAAAACUCGCUACCACAGGAAAUGAAGAGGGGCUAACCGCCUUGCAAGUGCUUGCUAAAAUACGCAAACCAGCCUUUGACGAGGAUGCUCCAGGUUAUCGAGAUAUUAUAAGUUGUUUGUGUAAGGGCAUAAAAGAGGAAUUUUUGAACUCUGUAAGAACUUCAGAAGCAAUGUUUGAUGCAGCAAAAUCAGGAAAUGCUACGAUUUUAGAAUAUAUUUUAAAGUACAAUCCGAAUUUGAUGAUGAAAGUGGAUUCGAGAGGACAAAGCUUACUUCACAUUGCUAUUUUAUAUCGACACAUAUCUGUAUACCGAGUAAUAAUGAGUAAGGGUGCCUACAAGAAUAUUAUACUGCAGCUGGUUGAUUAUGAUGGAAACAAUGUUCUUCAUUUAGCUGGAAUGUUGUCUGCUGAAGAAAGAUUUGGAUCAUCAGUAUGUCCAGUUCUAAUUUGCAGUGAGGAGAUGUGGUUUAAGGAAGUGGAGAGGAUAGUUCCACCUGCAUUGAGAAGCAUGGAAAAUAAGGAUGGUCGGACACCAAAAGAAUUAUUUUACAGGGAACACAAAGAGUUAGCUGAAAAAGCUAUAUCUGAACUGAAUGGAAUUGCAAGUAAUUACCUAGUUGUAGGAACUCUUAUUAUGACGUUAGGGGUAACCGGAGAUCUCACGAUUCGUACGAAUAAUAUUGAAGGACGAACUCCUUAUUUUUCGGUGUCGGAAUGGUAUAUUAUAUUUGCUAUAUCAAUUGCACUUGGAAGUGGCUUCUGCUUAAUAUCUAUGUUCCUCUUCACUUCAGUUCUACUUGCUUCAACCUGGAAGACAAAACAAUGUUAUGUGAGGUCUCUGCUAAUAAGAGUUGCUUGUGGGUAUUUGAUGCUGUCUCUCUCUGUUGGAACAAUGCUCACCGUUUCUGCAGUAUCGGGUGCGGUUUUGAUCUACAGCUUCUUCCCCGAAUGGGUCUUGAUUGUUUGUGCUGCACUUACUGUUAUUCCACUCAUCUUGUCUCCUUUAAUUUACAAUUAUGCUCUGCAUCUUGCUGCGCAUUUAACACUACGCGUUUGCGAGGAAGCUGCUAUUAGGAUUCUGUCAACAAUGGGGAUUAAGUGGGAUCCUAUUUACUUUCUUAUGUAA